CACACUACCAGAGCUUUGAAACGUUGAUUUAAUUAUACUUUCCUGUGACUAUAUUGUGACAACCCUGGGUUUAUAAGCGAGGAAAUCGACCCUGCCGCACGAGCGUGCUUUUCGGAACAGUCGAUAGCGCGCCGGACCUCGGGCUAGAAGGUCGAGGGUUCGAGACCUGCUCCCUGCUGUUUCAUUACAAUAUUGUCUCACAUUCCUACCUGCAAAAGGACCACCCUAAAAUGAGUUAACAUUUAACUGUAUUUAACGGUCUGGCUUUUAUUUAACCCUAAUUUCUGCCUGAAGUAGAAUUCAACGCAAUUCCACAUCGGGUUGGUUUCCAUGUAACUGUAAUCUCUGCACAUUCACAAGAUCUAGCUAGCUUCAGUAGGCCUACUCAAACCACCACAGAUAGCCUAUCUGAUGCAGUUUCCAAGAUGGGCACUCACUACUGUUGACUUCUCUCUGCGACUGCUCACUGUGGCUCCAAAUACCUUAGGAAACAGAAGAACAGGACAGGGCGUUAGAUAACUCAACUUGUGGUUCACGUGGUCGCACUACUUGCCGGUCUGUCUGCCUUAGCUUCUGAAGAAAAUAAAUCAUGAGAUUGGCAGGGCCUCUGCGAGCUGUUGCUGUGCUGCUAUUGGUGGGCCUCACCUGGGUGUUAGCCAGCUCCAUACUUGGAGGGGACAGCAACUUGGUGGUCAAACACUUCUUCAGUGGGACAAACGAGGAGCCAACAGCUGAGCCUAAACCACACAGGUACAAGUGUGGUCUGUCGGCUCCCUGUCCUCAGAAACAUCUGGCUUUCCGCAUCGUCUCUGGAGCCGCCAACGUCAUUGGGCCCAAAAUCUGCCUGGAGGAUAAGAUCCUUGUCAGCAGUGUCAACAACAAUGUUGGUAGAGGACUAAACAUUGCUUUAGUAAAUGGGGUAUCUGGAGAGCUCUUGGACACAAAAUCAUUUGAUAUGUGGGCAGGAGAUGUUACUGACCUGUUGAAGUAUCUCCUACCUUUACAUGAGGGAACACUUGUGUUUGUAGCUUCCUUUGACGAUCCUGCCACAAAAUUAAAUGACGAGGCUCGUCGUCUGUUUGAGGAGCUGGGUAGCACAGCAGUGAGGGAGCUCACCUUCAGAGACAGCUGGGUGUUUGUAGGAGCCAAGGGCAUCGAGAACAAGAGUCCAUUCGAACAGCGUAUGAAGAACAGUAAGAACAGUAACAAGUACGAAGGCUGGCCUGAGUCUCUGGAAAUGGAUGGCUGUGUCCCCCUCCGUUCCCCUUCAGAGGGUUAAACACACUCUGCUUGUAUCCCUCCCUUCCUCCACUCUUCUCAGAUGAUGCUUAUGCCCUACAUGGAUCCAAUGCUUUUAAAUACUGGGAGUGUGCAAGACAAGUGCACACUUUGGGAGAAGGGUUGGAGAGUUGGAACGCAACCUGUUUCUAAGGACUAGAACCUUUUGAGAACGAAGGCCUCUGGUUCUAAGGACUAGCACCUUUUGAGAACGAAGGCCUCUGGUUCUAAGGACUAGCACCUUUUGAGAACGAAGGCCUCUGGUUCUAAGGACUAGCACCUUUUGAGAACGAAGGCCUCUGGUUCUAAGGACUAGCACCUUUUGAGAACGAAGGGCUCUGGUUUUAAGGAUUAAUGAGACUUGAGUAUGGUAUUGGUAUUGCACGACUACAGUUGGAUAAAUGAUGCUCUGUUACAAUAUCAUGUAACUACAGGGAGGUAAAGACUCUUACAAUACUUUUUUUUCCCUUCACUUUUUGUUAUUUUUGUCAAGUAACACGUGCUGCAAAGUACAUCUUCUCUUUAGUGGACUGACUCACUGUCACAAUGCUGGUAGCAAGCUGGCCUGAUGGUUGAUAUGCUAACUUGUUGAAGCAACUGUUUGGACUUGACAUUUGAACUAGGAAUUGAUUUAAGUGUUUGAGGCUCGAUGUUCCUGGGAAUGACCACGUAGGAGGACAUGGAUAUUUCAGAGACCAAAUGUUUGAUGCACAGAUAAGGGAAAAAUGUAUGCUGGAUAGAAAAAAAGAAAAUAUUAAAGAAGUAAUGUCUGUAAAACCCUGCAAAUGCACAGGAAGAGGGCAGAUAAUGCUGCCUAUAUGAACGGAAAUCGCAAACAGAAUACAAUUAGGAUUCACUAGCAACAUAUUAUUGCUGGCUGUUCUAGGAAGGAUAUUGUAUGUUAUGAUAAAUUAAAAUGCAUUAAUAUAUAUUUUGUAUGCAUAGUUUAAUAUAUUAAAUUGUAGAUUUCAAUCUAGUUGUGCUAGCCUGAGUGCCAGUCUGUUUGUUCCAUCAUGCCAACUCGUUGUCAUGUCAAACAUUUGGCUUGACAAGGUGGAAUGGAGUUGCCAGAAGCACAAACAGAUCUGGGACCAAGUGCUAAUAACCACCUUUUAUGUGAGGGUUACCCUGGGGUCAGAUGUGGGGCUACACCAAUGCCAUGAUUACUGUAUAUAUGUGAUGACCUUUGUAUGCUUGCAAUGCUCAGUGAUGGAAAAGUACUGGGUAAAUGGAGAUGUACUGCUUUAGUUCUCUGGCUGAGAAUUGUCUGCACCUGCUGACAGUCACACAGCCUCAAGGCCGAGAUAGUAGAGUGAGAAACCACAGUCUAUACAUGUUUUUCUAAUUUUAGAUACUUUGUAUCUAAUCCAAUGCAACAAUGUUAAGAUAUGAUUGACGGUAGGUUGUAUAAAGAGUGUUGUCUCUUGUUUCGCCACACAGAUCUUUACUAUAGAAUAUUGAGGUAUUCUGUGUGUGAAACUCUGUCUGCAAUUGCAUUUAAUUACUAAAUAGUUUUAUACCAA